AUGUCGUCGGACGGUAGGUUAUCUCGUGAACAAAAAGGGAAAGCGGUGGCGACUAGUUUGAGUCCUACUUCGAGUCCUGUGAGGGACACAGUCGGAGAUCCUCUCGCCACACUUGAGUCGAUUCAUCGCGAGGCUAUAAUGGAUACUGAGAAAAUGGACACGCCGCAAGUGCACGCCGCAUCCGAUGCUCAGGAUUGCGCGAGAGACGGUCUUGGCGGAGCGAGUGACGGGGAAGAUACUCCUCCUGACUUUGUUCCAACCUGCAACCAUCCUGGUGGGAUCUUCGAGGAACUUCCAGCAUUAGCGUCGGAGUUGAUGCGUUCUCCGACCGCAAAGGGACAGUCUUGGGGAAACGUCGAACAAACUUGGUCGACUCCGAGCAGUGUGAAGAUUCUACUCAGAAGGUGUAGCGGAGUCAGGGUGACUUUCCUUAUCCCCACGAAGGCUCCUAGGCCGAUAUGGUUCCGGUUUGCUUAUGAGUCGUACUUUGAAGAUGAGACGAGACACUGGUUCCCGAUUCUUCGACUCGUGACGUCCUAUGCGAGGUGUCGCGAUGCAGCGAUUUCCCAAUUCCUAAAUGGCUCAUUUCUUCUUGUGGUCGCGAUGAUGGUGAAGGCAGCAAAGAUCGAUGUGUCGAUGAGCGUCAGAGCUUUCGAGGAGCUGACGUAUCUUAAAUCGAUGGGAGAGGGAAUUUUCUCGAUUCAAAUGAGGCCGAACUACAACGUGAUGGCCGGACAUCCCAACAAGAGGCAGCGUUAUUAUUUCUUCGUUAAGUCGGAUGGGUUUUCCUUUGAAGACCCGCCCGGCGACAGCUUUCGAGUUUUAUGGAACCCCAAUCUUGGUAGAAUGCAAUUGUUAGUAAGUGAUGACUUUGAUUUCUCGUUUCUUAUCACUUAUCUUUUGUGUUGUGCAGUUGACCAUCCGGAUACGGCCGCUUAUCCCGAAGAGUUCAUAGCGAGUGCUCGCGCUGUCGCAUCGCUUUCUGAAGAUCGGUGGGAGAACAUCACUGUCGAGAAGAUUCGACGUCUUUUCGACAGGAUUUCCAAAAGGGACUGGAGGUUUGACCUAUUGCCCACUGUUGUUGGCAACAAGCGACAACUUUCUUUGUUUACUAGAGCAGAGCAGAAACAGAUCAACGCAGCUAGGAAAAUGAAGGAUUACUGGAUCUGAGUGCGAUUCUUGGAAAGAGGUUGGGGGUUCGUCGAGUAAUGAACCAAUGGUAGUUUCUAGCUAGGCGACUCGAGAAGAAAUUUUGGCUGCGAGUCCUCGGUCGGCAGCGGUCCCCGAUCCAGUGGAUACUGAGCUCGCGGGUGAGAGCCUUGCUCCAGAGGUCUUUGAACCGGAGAAGGUUAGGAAGAAAGGAAAGAAACGGGCUGCUUCUGGUCCUUCUGUUUCAUCAAUCGAAGGGGUUUCGGCAGAGUUGAAAUCAGAUGAGCAUCCUAAGAAAAAGACGAAGAAAAAGAAGAAGAAGAAGCCUGUCGAAGAGCAGACCGAACUCGAUGAAGUUGUAGAAGGCUGGGAGAUGGUGGUCCACGAUGGUUCUGGCCACGACACUACUGCACGGACUGAAGGCGGAUGGAGCGGUUUGCCGGUUGUUCCUCUAGAGAGGAAGAAGAGAAAGAAGCAAUCUGUCGACUGCGAUGCGCCGGCUUCAACCAAGUGAGAUUACCUUUAUGCAUCGGAGGAGAGAGGUGAGGCGGGAGUUCGUCGACCUACUUCUGAUCAAGUUUGUCAGGUUGCUGCGCCAACGAUCGGGAGCAGCGGUUCGGCUCCGAGGAAGUCUGUGGUCAAGUUUCCCGAUCAUGUAGAAUUUAAAUACGACGAGGACACUCCUCUUGCUUUUGCACCGAGCGAAUGCGCCGAGUUAAUCUGCCAGAUCCAUGGUGGAGCGACAGACAUGCCGUUGGUCGACAAUCUGUUCUUUAAUGAAGCUUAUGUCGACGCUGCACGGACUAAAGUUUUGGUAAGGGGCCCUUUCCUUUCCCCGUCGUUUCAGAUCGUCCUUCCCUUACUUUGUUCAACUCAUAUAUAUAUAUUUUUUGAAACAAAGCGAUGGCAGUAUGAACUUCAUCAUAGAGUAGUAUGAUACGAAACUUAAGGAGACACUCGAUCAGCUGGGAAAGGCCGAGAGGAUGGUGCGGUUGAAAGACGCUUCCCUUCUUCGUAAAUCGAAGGAGUUCAAGACAGUCGCUGAAAAGGCCGUUGAGGAGCAAGAUCGAUUGCUCGCGCAGAAAACGGCUCAAAAGGCCAGGUUCUUGGAGAAAUUGGGAGAACUGAAGGGGAAGUACAAAACUUCUCGGGCGAAGGUAAAGGAACUGAAGCGAGAGAAAGCCAUCCUCGAGGAAGAGAAGGCUGCCCUAGAAAGAGACAAGGCCGCCACAUCCUUAACGCAUCUGAAGGAAAUCAACCGGCUAAGAGUGUCACGCCCCCAAUCCUGAAUUGGAUUGACGGGAUGGCCAUGGUUCGAGGGAAACGUACCAGCCAGGCUUAGGACAUUAAGGCAAGCAUUCCAUGGCCAAGAUAGAAGGUUAAGGACGUCAGGAUGCUGAGACUUAACCUUACGAGAGAAAGAAGUCAGCUAGAACGAGUAAGACAAUAGCUGGACAAAGUGAACAGGUAGCUCGACCAGCUCAACGAAGCUAGGUUAAGCUCACACGGACACUACUAAAUCAUCUCCACUAGCUGGAUUACUAGCUCACUCAGCUGGGAGUCACCUCAUCUCAGCUCGACAGACUGUUCGGGUUUUAGGCCGAUGGUUCGGGUCCAUGCCGGUGGCGGGCUGUGAGGUCUGGCCAUGAGGCCAUGGGCUGUUGGGUCUUUGGACAAGGCCAUGGGCUAAGUCCAGAAGGCUUGGGGAAUAUUUUGGGCUUCUGUCCGACCCAAACCCAAUCAGAAUAGGCGAUGGGAUGCAAGUGGCCGAGAGGGCACAACCCUUGGCCGAUGGUGCCCAUCCGCUACAGGUCAUGCCUGUUCGUGGGGCAAGGCUUACCCCUUUGUUUUCUAUAAAUAUGGGGUCCCUCCUGUCGAUUUCAUUAUCCAAUUCAAGAGUAAAAAUACUCAGAGAAAUCAUAGAGAGAGAGAGAGAGAGAAAGAAAGAAAGAGAGAGAGCGUUUCCGGCCAAAGAAAGGCCGAUUGUUGUGGUUAGGUUUCCGGCGACUCUGAUCGUUUGUGAAGCAACCUCCGAUCAAGUAUGGGAGAUCAAGACAAGGAGAAAGACAUGGAGAACCCAGUCGUGGUUCAGAAGGUAUGUGAUGGGCCAUGGCUCCAUCAGACCGAACAUACGGUCCUUGUGAUCGCACCACGGCUUUGGUCGGUUUAUUAGUCACAUCCACUUCUCCUUAUCUGUUUCUAUCCGUUCCCUUUCUUUUCUUUCUGGUUAUACACGAAAAGUUGUGUUGGUUCAGUCCAAGGGACAUGUCCCUAGGCUUGGCCGAUCAUAACCAAACCGCGAGCCUAGACACGGGUAGGCUAUGCGGAUGGUUCAAAUACCUCCAUGGACUGAGCGGUUAGGCUAAACGGUUGGGCACAUCCCAAAAGGCACGAGUUGCCAAAGGUCACGAGUUACCAAAAGUUGUGAGUUGCCAAAGGGUGUAAGUAACCAACUGGUACGAGUUGCCAAGUGUUACGAACAUCAAGAGGUGCGAGGACCAAGAGGUACCAACGGCCGAAGGGGUGCAUGUUCCAAACGGUGUCUCUUUAAGACAGGUUGUGUCCGAUCAUUAUGGAUCAGUCUAUGACUUUUUAAGUCAAGACAAGUACACAGUUUGUCUAAGCCAGGGUAAGAGUCGCAAGUCUGACCGGUUGUUAAGCCUACCGGAUUGGGCUUGAGGCUUACUUGGCAAUUUGGAACCAGGCCCAAGGCCGGAUCAGGUAAGAAAGUCCGUUGGGCCAUCGAGCCGGACUUCAUUGGCCGGUCGAACCUAGAUUCUAUCCGGAUAGACGGAUUGGUCUUCGGGCGAUCCGAAUUUGUUCGUGUGUUCUGUUUAUCUAUUCUGGACUGUCUAUCUUAUUCUAAGUCAAGGGGUGGUUGGUUGAAUGAGUUAGGAUACAGUAGGCAUGUUCAUACUUUUUAUGGUUGUAUUGAUUGAAGUUUAUAUAAGUUCUAGGAACCAAGCCAAGCAUUGUAGAAUCGAUCCGUUUGAUCUUCGGUUAUGAUUAAUGCUUAUCUGGUUGUGGUUUCAGAAAACAAGGAUGGUUACGGUCAAGCCAAGGAGCCGUGAAGGCUCGGUCAGUGAGAGCCUGUGUAACAUGUGGUUAGAUGAUGCUAGGGAUGAACUAGUGAUUGUCUAUGAAACUAUGAACAAGUUGUGUAUCGGAUCUCAUGUUUCUAAGUAAUACAAGUUAAACAUAUUUAUAUUCCGCUGUGCUAUCUGUUAGCUUGUUUAUGAACUUCAUAUUCGAAUAUGACUUAGUAAAUAAAAGACUUAAAAUGAACUAAACAAGUAAAAAAAUUAAUAAGUAACAUUCGUAUCCAUUUUGGUCGAGAGGCCAGGAUUGGGUCUUACAAGUUGGUAUCAGAGCAUGCUUAAUUCUAGGAUAGUUGGGUUAUGUAGUCCACACACACAGCCAGCUGAUUAGGUCUCACGAUGAGGUUUGAUUGCUUUAGUCUAGGGAUUGUUUUGUCUCAUUUAUGUUAUGUAUGUUUCGUACUAACAAUGUCUGAAAUCCUUGGAAAAAGAAAAUUGGGAAAGGUCCGAAAGAGUAAGGGAACGACCGGUUAGACCAGUCAAGCGGCCGCGGACGGAGCUAAUCUGUCCGGUUUACCAACCGAUCCGGUUGCGACUAACACAGGAGGUGUGUUACCGACUGAUCAGGCCAACCUUAUAGGGACUCAACAGGAUGGUUAACAACAUCAUGAGCGUGAGGAGGAAGUGGAAUCCUCGAACGCUAACCGUGAUGGUGACUGGUACCACUCAAAUUACCCUAAGGAGUGUUACUCUCAUCAAAAGAAGUUCAGAUGUAGUACUUAGGGAUCGAAUCCACAAGGAGCUAGGGAACAAUUAAAUCUAGUGUUUAUUAAUUCUAAAGGUUGUAAAUGUCUAAAUGAAA